CUCCGCUCCCCGCGCCCGCCGGGGCGUGCGCUCCCUUCCCAGCAGCCCUCGGGCUGCUCAGAGCAGCGGACACCAGGACCCCAAGAUGGCGUCAGUCGUACCAGUGAAGGAGAAGAAACUCAUGGAUGUCAAACUAGGGGAGCUGCCAAGCUGGAUAUUGAUGCGGGAUUUUUCCCCAAAAGGCAUUGCUGGAGCCUUUCAAAGAGGUUACUACCGGUAUUACAACAAGUACAUCAAUGUGAAGAAAGGGGGUGUCGCUGGGCUUUCCAUGGUGCUGGCGUGUUACGUACUUUUCAGCUACUGCCUUUCUUACAAGGAACUCAAGCAUGAGCGGCGACGCAAGUACCACUGAAGAGGGACCAGUGUGGAGGGCGCUCUGCACUCCUGACCAUGACCUCCUUGGCCUGCACCCCUCCGUGAGGAAGUCAGUCAUUGCUGAAUACUUUCAAAUCCUAAUUGAGAAUUAAUGCCCAAUAAAAGAUGGAAACAGUG